UAGGUGCAAUAAAUUGCAGUUACGAAGAGGAAGAGUUGAAUGUCGAUACAAUGGUCCCAAAGUAUGAGAGGUUAGGCAAUGGCGUCGAAUGUCCGGAAAAAGUGGAGCUAAUUCUGGAGAAAUGCAAAGAAAUGGGAACAACUAAUAAUACGAAUGGGAAAUUGUUUUGGGAUGUAUUGCAUGGCAUUAAAUAUGUCGGUUACCUAAAACCCAUAAUCCGUGACGUGAUUUUGGAGAGCCCUACUAUUUCGCACUACGAGAAAGUUAAUAACUACUGCAAACUGCAAAAUGACACCAUGUUGAAAUAUUGCGCCAUACUCAAUUCGAAAGUAGUCGAGUCGAAAAAA